AUGGCGGAGGAGGCCACGUCCACCUCCGGACGUCCCGAUGCCUGCAUCGCAUACCACCAGUACCGGAAUGAGGAGGACAUGCGCACGGUGGGUCGGGUCCUGGAGGAGGACGCCGAGCAGGGAUCCCCCUGGCGCUGCCUGGGACCCCACCUCAGCAAUCAGCACCCACCAAUGUCGCAGGUCAUGGGCCUGGUGGACGCGGAAUUGAGCGAGCCCUAUUCCAUCUUCACCUACCGCUACUUCCUACGCUCCUGGCCCCAGCUCUGCUUCCUGGCCCGCGAUGGCGACCGUUGCUUCGGCGCCAUCGUGGCCAAGCUGGAGCGCCACCGCGACGCCCUGUACCGCGGCUACAUUGCCAUGCUGGUGGUGGAGAAGCCGUACCGCGUGCUGGGCGUGGGGAGCCAGCUGGUGCGCUGCGUCAUCCAGACCCUGCAGGGAAUGGGGUGCGAGGAGGUGGCGCUGGAGGCAGAGGUCACCAAUGUGGGCGCCCUCCGCCUCUACGAGCGUCUUGGCUUUGUGCGCGACAAGCGGCUCAAGCGGUACUACUUGAAUGGCAGCGAUGCCUUCCGCCUGAAGCUGUUGCUCCCCCUUGCCUCAGAGGAUGCAGCAGCGGCGCAGCAGUUGGAUGCCCUCUCGCUUACUCAGGCGCCAUAUACACCGUGA